AGCCAACGGGGCCGGGUGCUGUCCUGCCUGGAGGCGGCUGUGGGGGGGUCGAAGGUCGUCAUCGGCAUGGACGUCAACAUCGACUGCGCGCGGGUGAUGGAGUACCUCUUCAUGGUGCGGCCGGAUGCGGUUCUCCACACCAUCCGGAACACGGGCCUGUACCCGGCCGAGAGGCAUGCGACCAUCCGGAUCUUUCCGCUUGGGAGCGGGCUGCUCGACUGCAUCGACGCCGCAGUACGGGAUGUGCUGGACCGUGUCGCUCGAGGCACGAAAGUCGUCUGCCCGUCGACCUCCAAGCGCUUCGUGAAACACAUCGAACACGAUUUCAACAUCGAGAACCCGCCCUCCGAGUCCGAUCGACGCGGCAUCUUCCUGCACGCCGACAAGAGGUCGAAAGCCGACGAGGAGUUCUUCCAGAAGGCGAUGGCCGACCCAGACACCUACUUGGAAGCGGACUGUGUGGCGUUCUCUCCAAAGCUUGGCCCAGGUGUCUCAGAAGAGAAGCCGUACGCUGAGGAGACGGUCGCCUUCGCCCUUAACAACCUCAACGGCCCUGCCGUUGAGACGAUGCUCCAGCAGCGUGCUCGCUUCCGAACGGUCACUAACUCCACCAUCUACUACAAGCAGGCGGUGAGCACUGCAGUGGACCUGCCGCGCUCUACAGAGGCGGUAUUUCAAGCCAUUGAGCGGGACGACAAGCAGAUCGUCAAGAUGCUCGGCGACGCAGCCGGCUUCCAGUUCCUGAGGGGUUCGCAGGGCAUCUGCGACCGCUCCUCGGCGAGCUGCGUCUUGUACGCAAACAACAUCCUCGCCAAGGUGGAAAGCUAUCUUGAGUACGUGCCGAAGCUGAAGGCCGACCUCGAAAAGCAGGGCUACGAGGUGACGGUCGAGCGCGUCGAGCCAACGGACGGCGUCGGGAGCCCGCCCCCGGAGGUGCCCCUCGGCUUCGACGCGGAGCCAGAGCUCCUGACCGCCGAAGAGUGGCGAGCGAAGUACAUCAUCAGCUCGGAGCAGUACGAGAUCCUGUGCGAAAGGCCUGAGGACCUGAGCCCAAAGGAGCAGCUCCAGGAGUUUCUGUU